AUGUCGGGAGAAGAGAGUCAAUUCAACGUUCAGGGUUAUAAUAUUGUUACCAUUCUUAAACGAUUGGAAGCCGCAACCUCUCGCCUUGAGGAUAUCACCGUGUUUCAAGAAGAAGCCAAUAAACAAAAGAAUGCGCUUGAAGCACUGGCAAUCAACUCGACAAAAUCGCCACAGGGUGAAAACGCAAAUGAGACGCGAGUCUCUGUGUCAUCGACACCCAGUGUUGCUGCAGGCGGUAGUGCAACGCCACAAGUGAAUGAGUCACAAUCUGAGAAGAAGAAGUCGGUUCUUGCAUUUGAGCAAUUCAUUCACGACUUUGUUGUCCCCUUUGUCAACACGUCGGGUCAUAUUGACCCCGUAGUUGGUGAGUCUGCCAAGUUGUUUGCUGAUACCUUUGUUGACCAAACUAAGUUUUUGGAAAUUGUGUCAGAGUCAAAGAAGCCAGACAUGACAGAUCCAAUUUUGGGUCAAGCGUUGGCUCCCACAAAUGAAAAGAUUUCGAAAAUCAACAAUUUAAAAGACAACAACAGAAGAUCUACUUACUUUAACCAUUUGAAUACUUUGAGUGAAAGUGGAGCAGUUUUUUUCUGGAUUGGAAUUGAUACGCCGGUGUCUUAUAUUUCUGAUAUUAAGGACAGUGCAAAGUUUUGGUCCGAUAGAGUAUUAAAGGAAUACAAGGACAAAGACAAGGUGAAUGUUGAGUGGGUGAACCAACUCUCAAAGGUCUUUGAUGAAUUAAGGGCCUAUGUUAAGGAGUAUCACACCAAAGGUCCAGCGUGGAAUGCCAAUGGUAAACCAUUUGCGCAAGCAGUUGAAGAGCUUAAUGCUUCAACUAAACCUCCUUCUAGUAGUGGACAACAGGAGAGAGCUGGUAACACAGCAGGACCUCCAGCUCCUCCUCCUCCUCCACCAGCUUCGUUUUUUGAAGAAUCAGCUGCUCCUUCUUCCACCACUGGUGAUACCUCAGAGGGCGGUAUGAAUGCUGUAUUUGCCCAAUUAAAUCAAGGUUCCAAUGUUACUUCUGGAUUGAAGAAAGUGGACAGGUCAGAAAUGACACACAAAAACCCAGAAUUGCGGAAGCAACCCCCAGUGGCACCAAAGAAGCCAAAAAACUUGUCGGGACAUCCUUCUUCAACCCAUGCCGCUACCACCACCACCACCAGGAAACCGGCAAAGAAAGAGUUAGUUGAUGGCAGCAAAUGGAUUAUUCAAAACUUUACACAAGAUGACGUACAAUCGCCUAUUGUUAUUGAAACUGAAAACUCGCAAUCUGUAUUUAUUGGUAACUGCAGCGACGUGACUAUUCAAUUGAAAGGUAAGGCUAACGCCGUUACUAUAUCCGAAACAAAGAAAGUUGGUGUCGUUAUUGACUCCUUGAUCUCAGGUGUUGAGAUUAUCAAGUCGUACAAAUACGGAUUGCAAGUGAUUGGCUUAGUGCCUAUGAUUAGCAUUGAUCAAUCAGAUGAAGGAUCCAUUUAUUUAUCAACUGAGAGUAUUGACAAUGAUUGCCAAAUCUACACCAGUAAGACGACCGCAUUAAACGUAAAUGUGCCUGAAGCCAACAAUGAUUUUAGAGAAUUGGCUGUGCCAGAGCAAAUCGUAUCUACAAUGAAAAACGGUGAAUUGGUCAGUUCAAUUGUGGAACAUGCUGGAUGA